AUGAGCAAACCGUCCAAACACACAACAGUAAUGAGCAAACCGUCCAAACAUACAACAGUGAAGAUCAAACCGUCCAAACAUACCACAAAACAUAUCAAACUGUCCAAACACACAACAGUAAUGAGCAAACCGUCCAAACACACAACAGUAAUGAGCAAACCGUCCAAACAUACAACAGUGAAGAUCAAACCGUCCAAACAUACCACAAAACAUAUUAAACUGUCCAAACACACAACAGUAAUGAGCAAACCGUCCAAACACACAACAGUAAUGAGCAAACCGUCCAAACAUACAACAGUGAAGAUCAAACCGUCCAAACAUACCACAAAACAUAUUAAACUGUCCAAACACACAACAGUAAUGAGCAAACCGUCCAAACACACAACAGUAAUGAGCAAACCGUCCAAACAUACAACAGUGAAGAUCAAACCGUCCAAACAUACCACAAAACAUAUUAAACUGUCCAAACACACAACAGUAAUGAGCAAACCGUCCAAACACACAACAGUAAUGAGCAAACCGUCCAAACAUACAACAGUGAAGAUCAAACCGUCCAAACAUACCACAAAACAUAUUAAACUGUCCAAACACACAACAGUAAUGAGCAAACCGUCCAAACACACAACAUACCGAUCGAACCGUCCAAACAAUAACACAGUACAGAUCGAACCGUCCAAACAUACUAUAGUACAGAUCGAACCAUCGAAACAUACCACAGUACAGAUAGAACAGUUCAAACAUACAAUAGUAAAGAUCGAACCGUCCAAACAUACAACAGUACAGAUCGAACCGUCCAAACAUAACACAGUACAGAUCGAACCGUCCAAACAUACUAUAGUACAGAUCGAACCAUCGAAACAUACCAUAGUACAGAUCGAACAGUUCAAACAUACAAUAGUACAGAUCGAACCGUCCAAACAUACAACAGUACAGAUCGAACCGUCCAAACAUACAAUAGUACAGAUCGAACCGUCCAAACAUACAACAGUACAGAUCAAACCGUCCAAACAUACAAUAGUACAGAUAGAACCGUCCAAACAAAACACAGUACAGAUCAAACCAUCCAAACAUACCACGGUCCAGAUAGAACCGUCCAAACAUAACACAGUACAGAUCGAACCGUCCAAACAUCCUAUAGUACAGAUCGAACCAUCGAAACAUACCAUAGUACAGAUAGAACAGUUCAAACAUACAAUAGUAAAGAUCGAACCGUCCAAACAUACAACAGUACAGAUCAAACCGUCCAAACAUACAAUAGUACAGAUCGAACCGUCCAAACAAAACACAGUACAGAUCAAACCAUCCAAACAUACCACAGUCCAGAUCGAACCGUCCAAACAUAACACAGUACAGAUCGAACCGUCCAAACAUACCAUAGUACAGAUCGAACAGUUCAAACAUGACACAGUACAGAUCGAACCGUCCAAACAUUACACAGUACAGAUCGAACCGUCCAAACAUAACACAGUACAGAUAGAACCGUCCAAACAUACCAUAGUACAGAUCGAACCGUCCAAACAUACAACAGUACAGAUCAAACCGUCCAAACAUACAACAAUCGAACAGUUCAAACAUACAACAGUACAGAUCGAACCAUCCAAACAUACCACAGUACAGAUCGAACCGUCCAAAUAUAACACAGUACAGAUCGAACCAUCAAAACAUAACACAGUCCAGAUCGAACCGUCCAAACAUAUCAAAGUACAGAUUGAACCGUCCAGACACACCAUAGUCCAGAUCGAACCAUCAAAACAUACAACAGUACAGAUCGAACAGUUCAAACAUACAACAGUACAGACCGAACCAUCCAAACAUACCGCAGUACAGAUAGAACCGUCCAAACAUAACACAGUACAGAUCGAACCGUCCAAACAUAUCAAAGUACAGAUUGAACCGUCCAAACACACCAUAGUCCAGAUCGAACCAUCCAAACAUACAACAGUACAGAACGAACCGUCCAAACAUAACACAGUACAGAUCGAACCCUCCAAACAUAACACAGUACAGAUCGAACCGUCCAAACAUACAACAGUACAGAUCGAACAGUUCAAACAUACAACAGUACAGAUCGAACCAUCCAAACAUACUGCAGUACAGAUCGAUCCGUCCAAACAUACAACAGUACAGAUCGAACCAUCCACACAUACAACAGUACAGAUAGAACCGUCCAAACAUAUCAUAGUAAAGAUCGAACCGUCCAAACAUACCAUAGUCCAGAUCGAACCGUCCAAACAUACAACAGUACAGAUCGAACCGUCCAAACAUACCAUAGUACAGAUCGAACCGUCCAAACAUACAACAGUCUAG